AAUAGGAAAUCAUAUGUGUAUGAGCCCAACGAGACCCAUGUGAUCUCCAUUUGAGGACAUAAACCAGGCUUCUAAGUCACAGAAGCAAGGUUUUUUGUCAUGGUUUCGGGGUUUUUUUUUGUCAUUUUUAUACUUUUUGUCAUAUUAAAUUUGUAUUUAUCAAUUAUUACGACAAAUGAGUUUGCCGACAUAGAUAUCAUCUUGUGACAAACCUAUUAUUUUAUAACAUAACACAUUUUUAUGUUUCCCACCGUUAGUGCCGCCAAUCAAAAAUUGAACAAAAUUCUAGGGUAAUGUCUAUUUUUUAUCCAAACCUUUUUCAUAUUCUUUUAUAUUAUCCAAACCUAUCGAAAUACUAAAAAUUAGCCAAAUGUUAACUUUCACUUAGCAAUUUUGUUAGUAAUAUUGACUUGGCAACAUGAUACUUACUUGAAAGAGAUAAAUGAAGAUCAACAUUCCAAAGUUUUAGUAUUUUAACUAAGAAAAGAGUUAUCAAAUUAUAAACGAUAACGUAAAAAUGGCUAAUAUUUUGAUGCAUUACAAAAAAAAAAUUGGCUAAUUAAUAGCAUUUUAAUAGAUUUGAAUAAUAUAAAAGAAUCUGAAAAAUGUUAGGAUAAAAAAUAGAUAUUACACGAUAUAUUUUAUAAUAGAAAAGAAAUUGUCAUAUGGAUGUUGACAAAUUUCCAUGACCAAAUUAUUUUAUCAUAAUAGAUAUAAAAAUUUAAAUAUUAUGAUAAUCCACUAUUUUUCAAAUCAAAUAAUUUAAUUUUUGCUCUACAAGUUCCCUCCAAUUAAUACAUAUUUACUACUUUAUACGACCAAAUUUAGUUUUUCAUGGUAGAAAAGAAAACUUAAAUAUUAUUAUGACAAAACACAUUUAUAAUUAUAAAUAUGAUAUGAUAUAUAAUGUGAUAAAUAUUAUGGUGACGAAUAUGUUGUUAUUUUAUACUUGGCAUAUUCAUUCCAUCCAAUGAUAUUUUGACAAAAUAGUAGCGAUGAAAUAAUUUUGUCAUAAUAUGUACUUAAUGUGACAAAUGUGUAUGUCAAAAUGGAUAUUUGUCGAGUAAAAUACUUUAUUAUGAAAAAAUUAAAAUGAUAAAUAUGAUUGUGUCCGAAGAUGAUGCUAAUGGUAUUCGAGCACUUACUAAGGUCUUCACCAGUCGUUCCACCUCAAGGAACUCGACUCUCUUUCAUACUACCUUGGUCUUGAUGUGGAUCAUACUCGCGCGGGUGUCUUACAUAUUUAGCGGAAGUAUAUUAUCGAUCUUCUUGAUGCUGCUUGUUUUGCCGACUGUAAUCCUCCAUCGAUUCCCAUGGAGCUACAUCUUAAGUUCAGGCGGGAGACAGAUGAACUAUUAGAGGACGGGGGAAGCAAUAUAGAUCUAUAGUUGGGAGCUUAAUGUAUUUGGCUUCCACUCGUCCGGAUAUCGCAUAUGCAGUUCAGAUAGUGAGUCAGUUCAUGGCAGCACCAAGAAUUGCUCACUUAGAUGCAGUUCACAGGAUUUUGCAUUACUUACAGGGGACACGAGAUGUCGGGCUAUUUUUGCCUAGUCAGGGAUCGUUGGUGCUUCAGGCGUUUUCUGAUUCGGAUUAUGCUGGUUUUGUGGUACUCAGAGGUCCACUAUAGGGUGGUGUGUUCGCUUAGGUGACUCAGUAAUUUCAUGGCGCUACAAGAAACAAGAUCGGGCGUCUAUGUCAUCUAUAGAGGCAGAGUAUCGGGCUAUGUCAGAUGUUACAUCUGAACUAGAUUUGUUGCAGGGAUUGCUAGAGGAUUUUGGCAUUGUGUGUUAAAAGCCGAUGGAGUUAUAUGUUGAUAAUACUUGUGCCAUACGUAUUGCCACAAACCCAGUCCUUCAUGAUCGUACUAAGCAUAUUGAGGUACACGUUCAUUACAUACGUUGUAUCUUAUAUCUCGUCAGAAGCAUAGCUUGCUGAUUUGUUCACGAAGGCCUCUACUGUUGCUCGUCAUUCCUAUCUUUCUAGCAAAUUGAUGAUGAGAGAUACUCAUCAAUUUGGUGGAGGCUGUUAAAGUACCUUGGGCUUGCAACCCACAUGUAAAUAGCUUGUACGUAGGAAAAGAGGAUUCGGAGAGGGCUAAGGGUUUAUGGGUAUAAAUAUGUACAUAUAACUCUUGAUAAAGCUACAAAAGAAUAAGAAAAGAAGCUAGCUUUGUCCGUGGACUAGUCUUGAGCACAACGUUCAAGGAAACCACAUAAAUCUGUUUGUUCCAUUUCGUAUUUUCCGUUUUGUCUAAACCUACGUUUCUAUUAUCAACAUCAACACCUUGGCCCAUAUUACUAAUGAUACAAAGGGCCUUGGUCAUACAAAGGGCCUUGUGCUACCUCAUGUCUUUUGCAAUCUCCUUUGUCAUGAAUAGUCUUUGUAGCCUAUCUUUUAUGGGUAAAUACCUAGUUCUUUUGGGCUACCUCUUUUUGUUUCCCAGGUUUAUACCUAUGUUCAUUACAUUUUGGACAUGCAUCUAUAAUAGUGUAACCAAACCCAAGAUCUUGCAUGUACCGCUUAACCUCAUAAAAUGAAUUAGGAAGUGUCUCCCCAUGUGGUAAAGCAUCCUUGAAUAAUUCCAGAUUCAAGUUGAAUGCUUUAUCACUACUAUUGGUGAGGAACUUGUUAUUCAUCAUUUUCAUGACGUAAGAAAUUUUUGAAAAUUUCUUCCAUUAUGGAUUUAGGGGACCAUUAGUAGGUAUUAUCAUAUUAUCGGUCGAUGAUGCAACCCCUGUUGUAGAAGAAAUUUCAGCAGCUCGACCCACAUCUUCUAACAUUUUAGUGAUAUCAUCAUUGAACCCUUCAGUUUCAGCUUGAAUAGGAGAGUUAGGAGGCUGGUUUAGGGUACUACUACUUCCAAAAUCAUAUGAUUCGCCAUGGUGAAUCCAUGUAGUAUACGUAUCGACCAUGCCGUUCUUAAACUGGUCAGUUUUCACCAAGUUUAAGUUCUUAAAAUAAAUAUUAUUGCACUUCUUGCAUGGACAUCUAGUCCUACCGAGUGCAUCAACAUGAUUAGCUGCAACCCCUAGGAAUUCACUAACCCCCGCAACAUAUUCAUCACAGAAUCUAUUUCCUAGAUUAAUCCAAUCUCUGUUCAUUCCGAUUAAGCGUAAAGGUAAUACUGACCUUCACAUGUAUGUUGUUAUCUCAGUUGCAAGCUGAAGAUACAAUGAACAACAAGCAUACCUGCAAAAAAGAUGACAUAUGCUAUAUUAGUAUCUCAUACGUACUCUAUAUGUCUGCAAACAGGCUAAUGAAGACAUGUCAAGUUUGCACAAUUACAAACCUAUUGGUUACAAAACGCCACCUAAUGAUUCAAAAAUGCCAGAGCAUACAACACAAAGAGAUCAUAGCCUACUGUCCAUCUCUUAGAAAAAGCUCCCUAACAUGAAUAUGAAGGAUAUCAGUUAAGCGAACCCACUUAUAUUCCAACAUCAAAAUCAGAAACCCCCCACGAGACAUCCCCAAUACGAGAGAGAAAGAAGCCUUAAGAGUUGAGGCAAAUCAAAGGAUAUGAGCAUGGAGAAAUCAAGGAAUCAUAUGGAGACUCUUAUUUCCCCUUUUUCCUUUCCCACCAUUAAAAUGCAUAAGUUAAG